AGUUCGGUCUCAACCACGGUCCGCAAAAGUUCAAAUAGUUUUAUUGUCGCGUUCCAAUUCCGAUAAAUUAACGAAUUUAUCGCUGACCCUAAUCACUCGAAAAAUGGCGAAAGAGGAAUCCAAAUACGGUUUCAAGGACAAGGCCAGGGCGAAAGAAUCGUUGGAACUGCUGAAGAGUGAAGAUCACAAAUAUCAGCUGUUGACCGUUCGAGGGCUGCUCGGAAGGGCUAAACGGGUUUUGACAUUGACAAAAGCGGCAGACAAGGUCAAAAACAUUAAGGAAGCCAUCGAAGUCUUCGAGGAGUGGCUGGAGGGAAAUUCGAAAAGCAGCACUAAGAAUGAAAAACCGAAGAACACUGAAGAUAAGGUCGAUACCGUGCCAGGGCUCGGCUUUAAAGAUAAGGAAGCGGCGGAGAAAACUCUCAAAAUCCUCGAAGGUCGCGAUCCGGACUACCAAAAACUGGCCAUCAAGGGUCUACUGGGAAGCGCCAAGCGCGUUCUACCGUCUACGAAAAACGAAGACAAAAUUAAAUCCAUCAAAGAGGCUGUCGCAAUCUUCGACGACUUUCUCGAGACCUUUGAUCGCGAAGAACGAUCAAAGCAGAACAUGGCUUAUCUGUCCAUCGAACUAAUCAAACCGUGUUUAAAUAAGAACACAGACAAGCUAGCAGUCGAGUUUAUCGAGUGCUACGAUACAGUAGCCAAAGGUAACUAUAAACAUCUGCGAACCAAAACUCCGGAAGGCGAUGAUACCGUCAGCUGGGAUAUAAUUCGGAACAGGAAACUGUCGAAGUUGAAGGAGAAAAUCAAACAAACGGGCGAAAAGUUGUUCGAUUCCGAUGGCAAGCCAACGGAAACUCAUCUUAAGAUGAUCAGCUGGGCCUACAGUCCAAAUGUUGACAAGUUAAAGAUUUAUUGCGCGAGUUUGAAUAAAUCCGCCGACAAGAAGCGAUCACAUUCCUCGUCCGAUAGUGAUAGUGAUGAUGAACCGGCGGAUAAAAAGAAAUUGAAAAAGUGAAUGGUUCGGAUGAUUGCAUAUUUUGGUGAAGGAUUAAAAAGUUUAAAAAUAAAA